UUCACUAAUUACAAUCAACCAUAAACACAUUAACACAAGUCAUAAUAAUUUGACCCAAAACCAAAUAACGCGCACUUUAUCUUCUUUUCAUUUCAUCCUCCUUCAAAAACUGAGUUCAACAAACCCAAAAACCCAGAAACUAAAAUCUAAACCCUAAAAUUCACAACCAAUAAAAAAUGAUUCUACAAUCCACACUUUCACCUUCAACACCUCAUUCUCUCUCCUCAACUGUGUCAUAUUGUCCCUCUUUCUUCCCAUCUGGGUCUCGUUCCUUCAUCUCUUUCUCUAAUGGCAGACCAUUCAAUCUUUCAAUUCAGUGCUCAGUUCCUCAAGUUUACAGCUAUGGAACAAUGGACUAUGAAAAAAGACCUAUGCUAAAAUGGGUUGAUAUUUACAAGAGAAUUUCUUUAAUGGAAAACCCACAAAUUGGGGUUGCUUCUGUGUUGAAUCAAUGUGAAAAAGAAGGUAAAAAAGUUAACAAAUGGGAACUUUGUAAGAUUGUUAGAGAGCUCAGAAAGUUUAAAAGAUUCAAGCUUGCUCUUGAGGUCUAUGAAUGGAUGAAUAACAGAAUAGAGAGGUUCAGAUUAUCCAGCAGUGAUACAGCCAUCCAGCUAGACCUAAUUGCCAAAGUCCGUGGAGUUUCAAGUGCCGAAGAUUAUUUCACGAGGUUGCCGGACACACUUAAGGACAAGCGAAUUUAUGGAGCUCUCCUAAAUGCCUAUGUAGGGGCUAAAGAACGAGAAAAAGCGGAGUCCUUGAUGGAGCGAAUGAGAACCAAAGGUUAUGCUCAACACCCACUUCCCUUCAAUGUGAUGAUGACUCUUUACAUGAAACUCAAUGACUACGAUAAAGUUGAUGAACUGAUAACUGAAAUGAAGCAGAGAAAUAUACAUCUUGAUUUAUACUCGUACAAUAUUUGGUUAUCUGCUCGAGGGUCCCAGGGUUCUGCUGAAGGGAUGGAGCAAGUUCUUGAUGAUCUGAAGUUGGUACCAACUAUUAUUCCCAAUUGGACUACUUUCAGUACUAUAGCUUCUGUUUAUAUAAAGUUAGGCAUGUUUGAAAAAGCAGAACAAUGCCUUAAAGAUCUUGAAACGAGAAUCACAGGGCGUGACAGGAUGCCAUAUCAUUAUCUUAUAAGUCUUUAUGGUAGUAUAGGAAACAAAGAAGAGGUUAACCGUGUUUGGAACACAUAUAAAUCAACUUUCUCGAGUAUCCCAAAUUGGGGUUAUCAUGCUAUGAUUUCUGCACUUAUCAGGUUGGGUGACAUUGAGGGUGCCGAGAAAAUGUAUGAAGAAUGGCUUCCGGUAAAGACUUCUUAUGACCCUAAAGUUGCCAAUCUUCUCAUGGGAUGGUAUAUUAGGGAAGAACCUUUUGAGAAAGCCCAAAAUUUUUUCAAUAGCAUGAUUGAAGGAGGAGCGAAGCCAAAUUCAGGCUCAUGGGAGAUUCUUGAAGAAGGUCAUAUUAAAGAGGGGAGGAUUUCUGAAGCAUUAUCUUGCUUCAGGGAAGCUAUGUUAGCCGAGACUCCAAAAAAUUGGUAUCCCAAACCCUCAAAUGUAUCUGCCUUCUUAGAGCUAUGUGAUCAAGAGGGCGAUAACGCCAGCAAGGAAGACUAUAUUGUGUUGUUGAGGCAACUCGGUUGCUUACAAGAUGAAUCUUAUAGGUCACUUCUAGUCGGACAUGUUGACGUAGAAGUUGGUGAGGGUGAAGGGAAGAGUUUUAUUGACAAUGGAACUGAAGAGACAGAGGGUGAAGAAUCUGAUAUGUUACUUUCAAUUGCGGAGUAAUCAAUGAUUGUUUGUUGGUGAUGUGAUCAUGUGAUGCUCUUUUAACUAAUGGUUCAACCUUCAACGGCAAAGAGAUGUCAUGCAUGAUGUGAAUUGCCUAGAAGCUGGUUAGAAGCUCAGGGAGGUUAGAGCAAUGCGGGUUUCCUAUGGGAAUGCCAUUUUGAACGUGUAUCGAUUUUGUGAGUGAUAGGUUACGUAGUUUUCUAAAUUUAUUCGAACACAUAGUGUGGUUGAAUUAUGUAGGUUACAAGUCUUGUAUAUGAGCUUUUGAUUUUUUUGGCUGUUACUUAGAGAUACUUGAGAUGAAAUUACUGAUAAUCUAGACUUCCAAAAUGAAGGAUUAGUAUAAAGUUGAUCCUCCACAAUUUUGGCAAUUAGUUGAAGUAUCUAUCUUGUGUCAAAGAAUUUGGCUUUUUGACUGUAAUGAUAUAGCCUCUUGAUUAUUACCAAAGUAAUGGCGUUGUUCUUCUA